ACCGAAUGGACAUCUGCCGAAAUGUUCCGAUUACCGAGUUGAUACUUCCUAGUUCCUUGUUUAGGCUAAACUGGCUAAAGUUACUUGGCUUUGAAAGUUGACUUCAGCAACGUUAUUGCAGCUGAGUAUUCAGACUUAAAAUGGUGAAAGAAAGUGAUUUGAUAAAAGCAGUGAAACAAAAUGACCAGUCUAAAUUGCAGAAACUUUUGACAGAUCCCAAUAUUGUUAUCAACACACCUGAUCCAGGAAAGAGAAUCCGGCUACAGUUGAAUCAUCUGGACAUCAACUGCCACGAGAAAGGGUCAGAGUACACUCCCCUUAUUAUUGCAGCAUUAAAUGGAAAUGUCGCCUGUGCCGAAGCUUUAAUCUUCCAUUCAGCUGAUGUUAAUGCCACAGACUCCAAAGGAAAUACUGCUUUGCACAUGGCCGUAUUCUCUCUGAAUACUGAAAUGGUGGACCUCUACAUUGAGAAUAGUGCACAGAUUAACCUUAUGAAUAAUGAUGGCGACACAGCUCUUCAUAUUGCUUGUCGAAGUGACAUUGACAACAAUAUAAGUCUUCUUAUGAAACUUGUUGAUGCUGGGGCUGACACAGAGUGUGUUAAUCGAGCAGGGCAGAGUCCCAUGGAUAUGUUGGCCAUAUACAACAGAAAAAAGGCUUUGUCAGUAUUGUUGGAUUACAAUCCGUCUCUGCGCUCAAACACGCAUUCCUUGACGGAGGCAGCUAUACGAGGAAACCACGAAGUUGCUGAACUCCUCCUGGAUUAUGGGAUUGAUCCGAACUGUGUUUAUGCUGAAAAACAAACUGCACCACUCCACGAAGCAGUUCGCUUUAAUAGGUAUAAAGUUGCUGAAGUCCUGCUGGCAUUUGGUGCAUCUUCGGACAUGAAAAACAACAAGAAUGAGACACCUGAGUCACUGGCAAAGGAUCAACUGGCGGCUGUGAGUGUUGAGUUUUUCAAACUGUUUGAAGCUUAUAAAAACGUCGCUCCACGAAUUCCUCGAUUUGUGACAAAUAAGGGGCUUACUUUGGAUAAACAAGUUUGUUGCAAAGGUGUGCCAGAGUUUCCACUAAUACCCAAUAAAAGUCGCUGGACAGAAAACACUCCAACAUAUUGCAGUACAUGCACUGAGAAAAACACAAACCUCCGUAUACUGGACAAUAAUCCGCAUACGUACUGGGUGAUUCCUGUUCUACAUCAUGCGUGGACUGUCCUUAACCUUCAAGAAGAAUAUAUCAUUUCUGGAAUCACUGUUUUUGGAUGGAACAGUCCACAGAUGGUGAAAACUGUCGAACUCCAGUGGGCAGAUAAUGUAAAGGGCCCCUGGAGCACAUUCACGACAAUCACCUGUGACCAAGAAGGCAGCUCAGAUCCACAAGAUCCAGGUGUUCCCCAGACGUUCUGUGGUUUUGAAAUGCAAGCCCAGUUUUUGCGUCUUUACAUCCAGGACAACCAUGGCGGCAGCUGUAUCUGUUUCCAGGGGAUACAGCUGCACGGAGCGCAGUGUGCACUGUUCACACUGUUGGAGAAGUGUGGACUGUCUCAGUACUCACGGAUGUUGGCUAAAAAGGGCUUUAAUACCAUACAGUCUCUGCUAAAUCUAAAAGAUGAAGAUAUUGGAGACAUGAUUUUUGAUCCAGUGGAUUCAGCUAUUUUAUCUCAGAGAAUUCUACAAAUGCGACGGGAAGAAUUCCCACUAACAUCUCUGGAGUGGCUAAGAGAACCUGUGUCACGGUCAUUUGCUGGUGACCUUCUCCCAGACUUCAGUGUACAGUCUAAUGCAGGAGCGUGUGAUGAUGUCGAGCUUUUUAUUGAAGGAGCUGAAUUUAGUGGCACCCCAAUAGUCAGACUAGCUCCACUGUUUGAAGAGGAAGGAUCGGUGGCCAUAUUUUCCGAUAUUCGAAUAAAAACAGUUGGCCAGUUUUGUAUUCGACUGAGAAACACAUCGCAGCCAAAAAUCAGUAUUGAAUCUCCUCAGAUGAUAGAAAUUCGUCCUGCAAAAAUAGGAAGUGCUGACUUGGACGCAGCGUUUGACGAGAUCCAGGGCAUGCUGAGUGACAUGAAGUCCUCCCUCGACACAAAGCCUCACAAGUGACCUGAUCUGAGGGUUUCUCCUCGUGUGUACUUGUCAGCAACGCUUUGAAACAAUCUGUUCCAUUUGCUGUUGAGUGUUGUGUUGACUCUUGAACUCUGCCCCGCACCCCACCUAAAGAUGGUCCACGAUCAAUAAUGAUUCAUUUCUUCACUGAAUGAUAAAUGAGGAGUCCAUGGGAAACAUUAUCUAUAGUCCGUCCCACAUGGAACGCCUUUUUCAUACUAUGGAAUUUACUACAAGUUAUUUAUUUCUGAGCCAAUUGAUUUGUAAACUGCACACAAAAAUUGUAUUUUUUAUUAUUAUUUUUAUUUCCAAAGCACUUUUACCAUCUUCUUAGUCAAACCAAACAGAAAUUAUUUUUAAGAAUUUUUUUUUUUAUAGAAUGAUGGGACAGACUAUAAGUCAAUUUUAGUUUUGAAAAAUAUUGAUUUUUAAAGGUUGACUCCUGACCAAAUGUGUCCACAUUCAUUGCACAUAAAGGAUACUGUAUAGUUUAUUGCUGUUGGAUAUUAUUGACGUUAUACAUCAAAUAAUGUUUUUGUUGGUUUUAAUUUUUUUUAAAUAAUAUUAUGGGAACAUAUUAAAAUUAUUUUUUGAUGACAUUGAUCAUUAUUCCUUAAAGGCAUACUGUCACGGAUUUAAGGA